GACAGGCAGGAUGGAGUCAGGCGAGAGGAAGGAGGCAAUAUAAACACUCGGGGAAUUGGAGUCCCCGCCCGGCUGACCCAAAAGCGGCUCCUUCGACGUUGGAUGAGGCAGUUGUUGGCGAGAUGGAGAAGAACCCCUACACGAUGGCCAAGCUAGGCUUGGAGUUGAAGGAGAACCCCAAUAAGAGGGACUGCAGCUUCUACAUGAAAUAUUUCUUCCUCUUCCUCUCGCUCAUCCAGUUCCUCAUCAUCCUGGGGCUGGUGCUUUUCAUGGUGUACGGCAACUCAGAAGAAAGCGCCAAGCAACACCAGAAAGUCCUGCAGGAUCAGCUCUUGCAAUGCAACAAGAAGGGCCAGGAGCACGGCCGAGAGAUCGGCGACUUCAAGAAGCGGCUCAACGCCAGCCAGGUGGAGGCCAACCUGAACAAGAUCAAGGCCAGCAGCUGCAACAAGACGUUGGUGGCCUGCAACAACGAGAAGGUCAGCAGAGAGACCGUCUCUAACGGGGUUGGGAUGGAUGAUCUCUGGGGGUCCCUGCCAACACCAGAAGCUCGCAUGCACUCAGAGAUGGGCCUGUGUGCCACACGUUGGGGGUGUUUAUUUCAGACACCCUACAAACGUCCCUGUUUUCCAAGGGCAGUCCUGGAUUUACAGAAGCUGUCCCAGUUUGGAUGGAAUAGGACGUCCCUGUUUUCAGGGGAGAAAUAUUGGAAGGGAUGAAAUAGGGCGUCCCUAUUUUCAGGGGAGAAACGUUGGAGGGGAUGGAAUAGGACGUCUCUAUUUUCAGGGGAGAAACGUUGGAGGGGAUGGAAUAGGACGUCCCUAUUUUCAGGGGAGAAACGUUGGAGGGGAUGGAAUAGGACGUCCCUAUUUUCAGGGGAGAAACGUUGGAGAGGAUGGAAUAGGACGUCCCUAUUUUCAGGGGAGAAACGUUGGAGGGGAUGGAAUAGGACGUCCCUAUUUUCAGGGGAGAAACGUUGGAGGGGAUGGAAUAGGACGUCCCUAUUUUCAGGGGAGAAACGUUGGAGGGGAUGGAAUAGGACGUCCCUGUUUUCAGGGGAGAAAUAUUGGAAGGGAUGAAAUAGGGCGUCCCUAUUUUCAGGGGAGAAACGUUGGAGGGGAUGGAAUAGGACGUCCCUAUUUUCAGGGGAGAAACGUUGGAGGGGAUGGAAUAGGACGUCCCUAUUUUCAAGGGAGAAACGUUGGAGGGGAUGGAAUAGGACGUCCCAAAUUUCGAAGGAGAAACGUUGGAGGAUGGAAUAGGACGUCCCUGUUUUCAGGGAGAAACGUUGGAAGGGAUGGAAUAGGGCGUCCCUAUUUUCAGGGGAGAAACGUUGGAGGGGAUGGAAUAGGACGUCCCUGUUUUCAGGGGAGAAACGUUGGAGGGGAUGGAAUAGGACGUCCCUGUUUUCAGGGGAGAAACGUUGGAGGGGAUGGAAUAGGACGUCCCUAUUUUCAAGGGAGAAACGUUGGAAGAGAUGGAAUAGGACGUCCCUAUUUUCAUGGGAGAAACGUUGGAGGGGAUGGAAUAGGACGUCCAUGUUUUCAAGGGAGAAACGUUGGAGGGGAUGGAAUAGGACGUCCCUAUUUUCAGGGGAGUAAACGUUGGAGGGGAUGGAAAAGGGCGUCCCUAUUUUCAGGGGAGAAACGUUGGAGGGGAUGGAAUAGGACGUCCCUAUUUUCAGGGGAAAAACGUUGGAGGGAAUGGAAUAGGACGUCCCUAUUUUCAGGGGAGAAACGUUGGAGGAGAUGGAAUAGGACGCCCCUCUUUUCAGGGGAGAAACGUUGGAGGGGAUGGAAUAGGACGUCCCUGUUUCAUUGGAUGUUAUGUGCUGGCUCUCUCAUUUCCCAAUCCUCUUUUACCCUUUUGCAAGCACUAUUUACAAUCAUUAUAGCAAUAGCUGAACAUUCAGCCCCUUUUUCCCUUUAGCAACAAGAUGUAGGCAGACAAUCUUUCGACCGUCAUGACACAGCUGUUUGCAGAAAGCAUCUGUUGGUCAGUCCUCUGCAAAAUAAGCAAUAACCUUCAGGAGCUGAGGGUCUCAUCAAAACUAAAUCCAGCCCUGGGGGUUGGGAUUGAUGACCCUCGAGUGUCCCUUGCAAUUCUAGGAUUCUUUGAGUCUAUGGUACAUGAUGUUGUGGGAUAUUGAAUUAAUCUGCGGUGGAUGGACACACAAUCUGAGAACGCUUUGAGGCCCGUGUAAAAGUGAUAAGUUUAUUUCGAAUUGUUAUGUUUUUGUGACGUGCUUUCCUAUCCAGUAGUAUUGAGCUCCCACAAGCAGCUCCUGAAUGGAUGAGGUUGAUAUGAAUAAUUUGUAUUGUUAUAAUUUUCUUCCUGUCGGUCUUUCUUCUUUAUAGGGAAUGCCUGCUUGCCGUAAUGGCUGCUGCAUGUUAUAUAUUGCAUUGCCUGCUAAAUAAUAAUGAAUAAUGAUGAUAAGAACGAUAAAGAUAGUAAUAAUAAUAAUAAUAGCAGUAAUAAUAGAGAAAAAGUAAACUAGCCAAAACACAGCCAUCUUUUCACAUCCACCCUUCUCUGAAAUUUUCAGUGCAGUUCUCCUGACAGAGUAAUGUGUCCCCAAAUUCCCGAGAUAGGGCGAUGUUUGCAUCAAAUGCUGGAGAAUAACGUUCAAGGAAGCAUUACGGCGGGGAGUGGGGGGUGGGAAUUGCUUUGCAAAUAAAGAACGAGGAGGAAAAUGAAUCUUAGGCAAAACACACACACAAAAAUGCGUUUGCCGGGAGAAAUUUACGCUGAGAUGCUGAUGAAUUUCCACGAGGGGUUUAAAAGGGUGGCAUGGAUAUGUCGAAAACCGAGCUCAAGAUUGGGGGUGGGGAAAAUGAGAGGAAAGGACCAGUUUCUGCCCCCAUCCCUAUGAAGGAACCACCUGCCUGGAAGCAGGUAAAAUGUAUAAGGACCCGGGGCAUUCCAUCAAAUCCAACUCAAAGAUGUUGAUCACUUCCCCUACCUGGAAAGUUACCAUAUUUUUUGCUCUAUAAAACUCACUUUUCCCCUCCUAAAAAGUAAGGGGAAAUGUGUGUGUGUCUUAUGGAGCGAAUGCAGGCUGCGCAGCUAUCCCAGAAGCCAGAACAGCAAGAGGGAUUGCUGCUUUCACUGCGCAGCGAUCCCUCUUGCUGUUCUGGCUUCUGGGAUUCAGAAUAUUCUUUUUCUUGUUUUCCUCCUCCAAAAACUAGGUGCGUCUUGUGGUCUGGUGUGUCUUAUAGAGUGAAAAAUAGGGGGCCUCUUUCCACAAGGGCCAACAUUGAUGCUGAAAUCCAGCAUCACCUGAGCUCUGUGAGUUCGGCUUUCUCUAGAUUGAAGCACAGAGUGUUUGAGAACCGGGACAUUCGCAGGGAAACCAAAAUGCUUGUUUGCAAAGCUCUUGUACUACCAACCUUAAUGUAUGCUUGGGAAACAUGGACCACAUAUAAACACCAUCUCCAACUCCUCGAAAGAUUCCAUCAACGGUGUCUCUGAAAUAUUUUACACAUCACUUGGGAAGACAGGCGAACUAAUGCCAGUGUACUGGAAGAAGCAAAGAUCACCAGUGCUGAAGCGAUGAUUCUUCAACAUCAACUUCGUUGGACUGGUCAUGUUGUGCGGAUGCCUGAUGAUCGUCUUCCAAAGUGACUACUCUAUUCCAAACUUAAAAAUGGAAAGUGUAAUGCUGGUGGUCAACAAAAGAGGUUCAAAGACUCUCUCAAGGCAAAUCUUUAAAAAUGUAGUAUAAACACCAACAACCGGGAAACACUGGCCUGCAAGCGCUCCAGUUGGAGAACAGCCUUUACCAAAGAUGUCACGGGCUUUGAAGAUGCUCGAACUCAGGACGCGAGGGAGAAACGUGCUAAGAGGAAGGCAUGCUUGGCAAAUGCUCACCGGGAUCAACUCCCACCCGGAAACCUAUGUCCCCACUGUGGAAGGACGUGUGGAUCCAGAAUUGGCCUCCACAGCCACUUACGGACUGACUGCUAAAACUGUGUAUAUGGAAGACAAUCUUUCUCGGCUACUAGGCAUUGCCAAGGAAGACCUGCAAUCAAUUCAUGCUGAUAAACCGUGUUUAUGGAAGACAAUCUUACUCGGCUAUGAGGGGUCGCCAAAGAAGAAGAAGAGCAAUAGCAAUAAGCAAUAAGCAAUACUAAUUAACACUUCUUGUUGUUUAGUCAUUUCCGACUCUUCGUGACCCCAUGGACCAGAACACGCCAGGCACUCCUGUCUUCCACUGCCUCCCGCAGUUUGAUUUAACACUAAUUAAUAGUGAUUAAUAGUGAUCAAUAAUAAUUAAUAAUUAUUAAUAAUAUUUGAAGCUGCUUUCUCCAGUCAGUGUCAGCUCUGCUUAUUUUCCUCAACCACCCCAAAUCGUUGGAGCCUAACCCACCCCUCUCUCCAUCUUCCCCCAGUUAAAAUGCCAUGAGCAGCGAAGACAGGACGCAAUUGCCCAACAGAUGAGCCGGGAAUGCGCUUAUAACUUGUACCUUCUGAAUAUGACGACUCAAGGUAAGAGCAGCCCGGGCCAGGGCACACUGUGGUCAUCUAAAACUGUGCUAUUUUUACUGUUGUUAGCCGCUCUGAGCCCGGCUUUGGCUGGAGAGGGUGGGAUAUAAAUAAAAUUUUAUUAUUAUUAUUAAUCUAGCCUUGAGGCUACGGCUGCUGGAAGUUCGGCCGAAGACAGCUGGUGCCCGCUGGUUCUCUGAAUGAGUCCCUGAAGGCUGAUAAGCCGCAGGUGUACGGUUGGCCAUGCCAGGAACAUAGCUGUCAACGUUUCCCGUUUUUUAAGGGAAAUUCCCUUAUUCCAAAUAGGAUUCCUCGCAAGAAAAGAGAAAAGUUGACAGCUAUGGCCAGGAAAGGCUGCCCCUAGAGAUCCGUGCAAAGCCCAACUGCUGCCGGAAAUCCUGCCGCCCCUGCCCCCCAUAAGAAAUAAUAAUAAUAAUAAUAAUAAUAAUAAUAAUAAUAAUAACAACUUAGUUGGUCUCUAAGGUGCUACUGGACAUUUUAUUUUAUUUUUUAUCUAUUUAUCAUCUAUCUAUCUCUAUCUAUCUAUCUAUCUAUCUAUCAUCUCUUUAUCUUUAUCUCUAUCUAUCUUUCUAUCUAUCUAUCUAUCUAUCUAUCUAUCAUCUAUAUCUAUCUAUCUAACAUCUAUGUAUAUCUAUCUAUCUAUCUAUCUAUAUCUAUCUAUCUAUCAUCUAUCAUCUAUCAUCUAUCAUCUAUCAUCUAUCAUCUAUCAUCUAUCUAUCUAACAUCUAUGUAUAUCUAUCUAUCUAUCUAUAUCUAUCUAUCUAUCAUCUAUCAUCUAUCAUCUAUCAUCUAUCAUCUAUCAUCUAUCAUCUAUCUAUCUAACAUCUAUCUAUAUUUAUCUAUCUAUUUCUCUCUGUCUGUCUAUCUAUCUAUCUCUCUGACCCUUGUGUUUUGGGGGGAUGGAAACAGCCCCUUGCUGCUGUCACUGCACACAUAAACAACUUUUUAUUUUCUUUUGGCAGAUAUUAUUUUCUUUUGGUUAUUUAUUGGUAAAUAAAAAACAACUUUUUAUUUUAUUUUCCACCUAUAAUACCUAACAAAAAAAGCCUCUGGUUUUUUUAAAACAAAAGUUAUUCAAAACUUCUUUUUUUCCAUAUCGUUUUGUCUUUCUCUUCCUUUUCGAAUGUCCCGCAGUUCGGAUCGACUCUCUCCAGGAAAAACUGGCCGCUCUGCAGCUGAGGAGCCAACUGGAGCAAGGUGCCUUGUCCGGCGCCCAGAAAAACCUGCAGGACCAAUUGGACCGGACAGAGAAGGAGAAGCAAGCUUGCGAGAUCGACCGGCUGGGAGACCAGUCGCAGACGCAGACCUACCAUAACCUAGCUUCCCAAGUCCUGUCCAAACUGAAUCCCGUCCCUGAGAACCUGAGAUCAUCCUUUGAGCAGGUCAUGGCCAAGUUCACCUCCUGCUACCAGGUCGGCAGCGCCCGUCAGGACUUCCGGCUGCUGACAGACACCUUGAGGGACCAGUUUGAGGUGCUGGCCAGGCAGGUGGACCAGAAAGUGAGCAGCGCGGCCGAGGAGAACGGGAGGCUGCAAAGAGAGAAGGCCACUUGCACCCACAGCUUGCAGGAGAAGGAGCGCCAAGCGGGCGCCCAAAAAUUACAGUGCGAGAGGGAGAAGCAGAUCCUCAGAGAUGCCCAGGAUGCGGAGACCAAGAAGAUGUACGUGGAGAGACAGCAGUUGGUUGGGGAGAAGGAGACCCUCCAGCUGCAGUUGCAGCAGAGCAAGACAGCAUGCCUGAAUCUCAGGGUAAGGUAAAGGUAAAGGGACCCCUGACCAUUAGGUCCAGUCGUGGCCGACUCUGGAGUUGCAGCGCUCAUCUCGCUUUAUUGGCCGAGGGAGCCGGCGUCCAGCUUCCAGGUCAUGUGGCCAGCAGGACUAAGCCGCUUCUGGUGAACCAGAGCAGUGCACAGAAAUGCCGUUUACCUUCCCGCCAGAGCUGUACCUAUUUAUCUACUUGCACUGGUGUGCUUUCGAACUGCUAGGUUGGCAGGAGCAGGGACCGAGCAACGGGAGCUCACCCCGUCAUUGCGGGGAUUCAAACCGCCGACCUUCUGAUCGGCAAGCCCUAGGCUCUGUGGGUGAACCCACAGCGCCACCCGCGUCUCAGGGUAAUCUCAGGGUAAUAAGCCACAAUUCCGGCACUUAUCGCACGCCCGUUCCCUCUUCCAUUUUGGGAUAAUAAUUUUACCAUCCAACAAUAGCCCCGUUAUAACAAGAUCCAGCACCAAGGGCCUUCUGGCGGUUCCCUCCCUUCGAGAAGUGAGGUUCCAAGGAACCAGGGACAGGGCCUUCUCAGUGGUGGCGCCCUCCCUUCAGAUAUCAAGGAAAUAAGCAACUAUCUGACUUUUAGAAGACAUCUGAAGGCAGCCCUGUUUAGGGGGGUUUUAUUUUCAUGUCCUUUAUUAGGCGUAGCAAACCACACAUGAUCAAACAGACACUGUAUACAAAUUGUGCAAAAUACGAGCGCAACAUAAUGAGGUUUGUCCCCGUCAGAUCUUUAACUCCAGAGAAAAUUAAUUUGCAUAAAUAAUACAAUACAACAUUGCCGCAUCACCAAUCAACACCCUUUUGAGCCUAUUGUUUAGGGGUAAAGUGGGCUAAUGGAAUAAAUAUCGGGGCAAACGUUAUGGGUAGGUAUUGGGCAUAAAGAGAGGGGCCUGCUGUCGUGACGAGACCUGGGAGAGCUGGGUUCGAAUCUUCCCACUUAGCCACAAAACUCACUGGGUGUGAGCUUAGGGUCAGUCGCUCGCUCUCAGCCUACCUCGCCUGGUUGUUGUUGGGGAUCGAAAGCGCAGAAGCUCCACCAAACCCGGAUAAACGGAAGUGAGCAUGGAAGGGUUGGCAAGACGGUUGGUUGUUACCUGCCGGAGUUGGCAGAAGGGCCGGCGGGGAGCUUCCUGGGGGCCCAAAUGUGGCCCCUCGAAGCCUCUCCGCCCGCGCAGCUCUGCUGAAAUAUCGCAGGACUCUUUCAGAGGAGAUAUCGGGUUCUUUGCUUCGCAGGGGACUUCUUCGUUCCCCAGCAACCCGUUCAUGAGACCAGCGAGUCCCGUUUCGUCCGGCGGCACCAACACGAUGGGAGGCACUUGGAACACAGGGAGAGUCGUGAAUACUGCGGGUUCGGUUUCCAGCCCACAAAUCUUCCCCGGAAGAUCAGGUGCAGUCGUGCAGCCGAAUCCUGCCUCCCCGGGAAUACAAAUCAAUGCUGGUGAGUCAACCCACCCCACUUGGCUCCAUCCAUCCCCUCCAACGUUUCUCUUGUGAAAAUAGGGACGUCCUAUUCCAUCCCCUCCAACGUUUCUCCCGUGAAAAGAGGGACGUCCUAUUCCAUCCCCUCCAACAUUUCUCCCGUGAAAAUAGGGACAUCCUAUUCUAUCCCCUCCAACGUUUUUCCCCUGAAAAUUGGGUAAGUGGCCGGUUGCUCCUGUUCAGAAGGCGAAACCUUACCUCGGAACAUGUUUCCUUUGUGUUCCUUUAGAUCGAUUGAGAACUCUGGAGAACAAGAAACCCCCUUUGGAGAAUGGGAAUCUGCAGAACCAGCCGCCAGCUGUCCUCGCGGGACAACCCCCCAGGUCCUGUAGUGAAAAAAUGUGAUUUUAAUAUGUUCCUGGUCUAUGGGGCAGAGAGAAGGGGCUGAGCUACUGUUCUGUUGGGUUGCUGGAAAGUUUGGAUGCUUCAGGGUCAGAGCCCAGUAGAUAAGGUGUGGUGUCAAUAUGGGGGUGAUCCCAGGUUAUGGGGGCAGGCGGAUCAGGUCCCAGAUUUCAGAGAAUCAUGGGAUCAUAGAGAUAGAAGUCUAGUGUCCAGAUCAAGGGAAGUUGUAGUCCUUCUCUAUUCUGCCUUGGUCAGACCACACCAGGGAUACGGUGUCCAGUUCUGGGCAGCACAAUUUAAGAAGGAUGUGGACAAGCUGGAAGGUGGGCAGAGGAGGGAGACCAAGAUGUUCAAGGGUUCUGGAAGCCAUGCCUGAUGAGGAACGGUCGAAGGAGCUGAGGAUGUUCAGCUUGGAAAAGAGGAGACUUGAGAAGGAGAUAGAGAGCCUCUUCCAAUAUCUCAAGGGCUCUCUCAUGGAAGAGUGAGGAAGCUUGUUUUCUCCUGCUCCGCAGGGUACGACUCGAACCCGUGGCUCCGAGUUACAGGAAAGGAGAGCCUGACUCAACACCAGGAAGGGCCUUCGGGCGGUCAGAGCUGUUCGACCGUGGGAUGGCCUAUGAUUCUAUGUUCUCCAGAUCAGCCUUUCUCAACCUGUGGGUCCCCAGAUGUUGUUGGACUACGACUCCCAUCGCCGCUAGCUAGCAAGGCCAGAGCUCAGGGAUGAUGGGAGUUGUAGUCCGACAACAUCUAGGGACCCACAGCUUGAGAACCGCUGCUCUAGAUCUUAUAGAAUCACAUAUAGCUUAGGGCCCACCUGCUCGCCUGCUCCCUAAAAUAUCCCUGGUUUGCUCCUUUCUAUAUACAGGGUGCCUACAUUCUGCAUGGACUGGUUGCAGGGCAACAUGCGCAAAUGGCUUGAGAUACCUAUUAGGUCCAUAAAUGACCAUAUAGCAUAUGUUCAACACAAAAAACAGCGACAAUUUGUUGUGGACAAAGGACAGCUGGACAUAGAAAGGGCCCCAUUACCUCCAGUAGCUCAGGGCUUCAUCAAACCUAAAUAUGGCCCUGCAGAUGUGGGGGUUUUUUUUCCAGCUCCCCCACCCCACGAAGGAUGGGGAACAGCAGGAAAGUUUGUCUGUGUGUCUUUGUGGUUUGGGCUGUGCUGGAAGUGGGAGAUACAGAGGCAUGUCUCUCCCCGGGCUGGAUUCGAAACCGUGGCUUGGGGCGUUGGUGGAAACCUAAGGGGGAGGCAAGAUCUUCAUGCCGUGAGCCCCUCCAUUCCAUACUCAGGCUGUACAUUUGCAGAAAUAGAACCAUUAAUCCUAAAGUAGGGUUGCCAUAGGUGCGGAUUUUGCCAUAGGUCCGGAUGAUAGUCCUUGUUUGGAUGGGGGGCUUUUAUCCAUUUCCGCGGUCGCACAAUCCAUCCAUCAGUAGCUGAACUGGGUUCCGCACAGUCACAAAAACAAAUGAACCGAAAAAGCCUCAAAAACAAAAUAUGCAAAAUAAAGAGCAAAAACAAAAGUGCCUAACUUACUCCGUUCUGGAAAUCCGUUUGACUUCUGAAAUGUUCGGAAACCGAGACGCGGCUUAUGAUUGGUGCGGGCGCCCCGGAAACAAUAGCCGACAGCCACAUCAGAUGUUCAGCUUCCGGAAAACAUUCAGAAACCGGAACACUCACUUCUGGGUUUUGAGAACCAAGGCGUUUGAGAACCAAGGCACCAGUGUAUCCAAAUAUGUUUUUAAAUAUCAAUAGCCUACUGUAUAAACUCACUCCAAAUUUGAUUUCUUCCCGCCACAGCGGUUAAAGGAAACGGCGCCAGAGGCCUCCAGGAACAACACCUGGGAAUUAAGACUCGAUUGUUGGAAAGGGGAGAAUGCGGAGUUUGGAAAUUUCCCCACCUGGAGAUGCAUUUUGGACGGGACAAGGAAUCGAAGCGGAAAUGGACAUCAGCACUGAAUGGGGAAAACUGCCCUCUUGCCUGGUAUCUUCCCCGAAACCCUUGCUUCUUCUUGGCAACACAAGAAGAUGCCCAAUUUAAGAUGUCUUAUCCUAAAUGCAGCCGGUCCGUUUGGUUUGUUGUGUUUCGCAAGCAGCCAUUACUUUUUUUUUUUUUAAUGAUAUUUAUUAAAAGUUUAAAAAUUACAGAAAAAAGAAGAAAAAAAUAACAAUAAAAAAGAAAAAGAAUAGCAAAACAUAUAAAACAUAUAAAAGCCAUACAACAAUACAGCAAAAAACAAAAACAAAAAAGAAACUAAAACACACAUCCCGUAUUCCAUAUCUUUACCUUUCCUUUACUUGUUUCAUCGACCUCCUCACACCUCCCUUUUUUUGUAUUCUAGUUCAAUUCACUAUUUCAGCAAGUUCUUCCCAUCUUUCUCAAUUUUUAUUCUAUAGUUUAUCUUAACUGCCUAACCUUGAAUUUUUCCAAUUUAACCCAUUAUCAAUCAACUUUUACUUGAUUCUUUGUUGCAUUUCUACUAAAACCAUGUAACUUCAUUCCAGCAUCCUUCUAACACUCAUUCAUUUUGCAAUGUUUCUGUAAGUAUACUUUAAAUUUUUUCCAAUCUUCUUCCACCGACUCUUCUCCCUGGUCUCGAAUUCUGCCAGUCAUUUCCGCCAGUUCCAUGUAGUCCAUCAGCUUCAUCUGCCAUUCUUCCCUGGUGGGUAGAUCUUGUGUCUUCCAAUACUUUGCAAUGAGUAUUCUUGCUGCUGUUGUAGCGUACAUAAAGAAAGUUCUAUCUUUCUUUGGCACCAUGCAAGCAGCCAUUAUACCCAUAAAAAUAAUAAUAAUCGCUAUUAAUGAUGGUUUACCUUUCUACUCCCCAACCCCUUAGCGGAUCAUUCCUUUCCCUUUUCCCGAUCCAGUUUUGUCCCACGAAUCUGGAAAGCCCUAGCAAGAAAUUUAGAUGCUCUAAAAGCAGGCAUGUUCAAGAGUUUGAUCGCGAACCACUGGUUGAUUAUACCCCCAGCUAUCCCUCCCAGAAACGAAAGCUCAACAACUUAAAUCUGAGCAAAACGUGGUUUGAAAUUCAUACCCCGAAUUUUGCAACGCAGUUCCCCAACUGGCGGAUUCGUGCAAAAAAUGCAUUUGCUCCAGGAAAUUAUGCAUGGAGACGCAUCUGUUGGCAAAAGGCACACACAGAAAUGUGUUAUAUCUGUGGAGAUCUCCUGGGGGAAAUCUGUGUGUCUUAGGCAAAGUUGCAUUGAAAAGUUUUUCAAGGAGGGUUUUUGAAAAAAUAGCCGUCGUCCAAAAAUGACGUGCAGUUGUGGAGAACUGAGUCGGGGGGAGGAAAUGAGAUAGCAAAAUGAACCGACUGCCUUUCCUACCUUUCAGGGAUGUUGUGAUGAUAAAACAGGGUACCGUAUUUUUUGCUCUAUAAGACUCACUUUUCCCCUCCUAAAAAGUAAGGGGAAAUGUGUGUGCGUCUUAUGGAGCGAAUGCAGGCUGCGCAGCUAUCCCAGAAGCCAGAACAGCAAGAGGGAUCGCUGCUUUCACUGCGCAGCGAUCCCUCUUGCUGUUCUGGCUUCUGAGAUUCAGAUUUAUUUUUUUCUUGUUUUCCUCCUCCAAAAACUAGGUGCGUCUUGUGGUCUGGUGCGUCUUAUAGAGCGAAAAAUACGGUAUGUAAACGCCAUUUGUGUCCCCUGGCCCUGACUUUCUUCAUAAGAUUUGAAUGUAAACCACGAAUGCUUUCAACAACGGCAAAGCAAAGCUGUAAAUUCACCCUUUGGGCAGAGUUAAGUUGUUGCUGUCGCUUCUAGACAUUUCCUACAUUUUUGCAAGAGGCAGGGUGGCGUGCCUAUGUAUAAAUUUUGAUAUCAUGUACACAUUUAGGUAGGCCUAUAUGUAUAUAUAUCUCAGGAAAAAGGAGGCAUUAUUUAGCUUUCCCGGGAUAGACCUUGCUAGCAAGGAUGGUUGAAUAGAGCUCCCACGUUCAUGGCAGUCUAUCCCCAAUCACAUGAUGCUGACGAAACAUCCUUCAGAAAUGAGGGGAUCUGUUUCCUUUCCAGACAGUGCCGGAUUUACGUCUAUGCUAAACAAGCUCUCGCUUAGGGCCCCACUCUCUUGGGGGGCCCCCAAAAAAAUAAAGGGGGAAAAAACCCUGGAUGUACAUUUCCAAAAUAUAAGAUAAAAAGCAAAUAAAAUAAAACCUACAUGCAGCAACCGUGUUUUGUGUUGUGUGGGCUCCUAGGAGGUAAGUCAUGGGCCACGCCUGCUCCCUCAAAUAUCCCUGGUUUGCUCCUUUUUAUAUAUAGGGUGCCGACAUUCUGCAUGGACUGGUUGCAGGGCAAGAUGUGCAAAUGGCUUGAGAUACCUAGGGGUCCAUAAAUUGCCAUAUGGCAUAUAUUCAACCAAAAAAACAGCAGCAAUUUGUUGUUGACAAAGGACAGCUGGACAUACAGGUGAAACUCGAAAAAUUAGAAUAUCGUGGAAAAGUUCCUUGAUUUCAGGAAUUCAACUUGAAUGGUGAAACUAAUAGAUGAGAUCGACUUGUGACAUGCAAAGCAAGAUGUGCUUCUACUUCUCAGAGGUCCAAUCUUGCUCGAUUUGCAAUCCUUGUUUUGCUGAUUUCCUUGAAUAUUCUAAUUUUCUGAGAUGGUUGAUUUGGGGGUUUCACCAGCUGUACGCCAUGAUCAUCACAAUUAUCCCAAAUCAAGGCUUGACAUAUCUCGCUUUGCAUGUCACGAGUCUGUCUCAUAUAUUAGUUUCACCUUUCAAGUUGAAUUCCUGAAAUCAAGGAACUUUCCCACGAUAUUCUAAUUUUUCGAGUUUCACCUGUAUAAAGGGCCCCAAUACCUUCAGGAGCUGAGGGCCUCAUCAAACCUCAAUCUGGCCCUGUUUCCAGAUGUUGGAUUCCACCAGCCCCAAUGAUCAGGGACGAAGGGUGCUUGCAACAUCUGGAAAACUGCCGGUUCCUUGUUCCUGAUCUGAAAAGCAGCACUCCUUUCUGCAUGCAAGAAACAGAGGAAGGCCUUUUCGAUAACAGAGACGUUUCCUCCUGACAGAUGCAGACGAAUGCAGCUUCUUAAAUCAGGGAUGGGGGAAAACCUAUCAGCCAGUGGGGCUGAAGAGCAGGGAUUUCGGGCGCUGGAGUCUGUCAACAUCUGGAUGGUUUUUGUUUGUUUUUCAACCUGUCGCUCGAAACGCCAGCGGUUCCCCUGUUCGUAUUCCAACGCUUGUGAGCUUCCCGGCUGUCCCCUGUUGGAAACAGCGUCCUGGGCUGCGCAGUCACAAGGCUGCUUCCAUGGGCGGGAAAUAGUUGCUUGCAGAAAUAAGUUCUGUUUUCAGGGUUUGUUUGUUUAAAAAUAAAAAGAGCAAAGGCAUAGGCUGUGGAAAUAAAAGGUGUUUUCGAACCCA